GCGGCGUCGCCGGGCUCGCCAAUCCGCAGGCUCGCAGCAAGCACGGUCCCGCCUCGCUGCGGAGAGCGCCGCGCUCCGAUUGGCCGCCGCGGCUGUCUUCCGCCGGGGGCGGGCCCUGAGCCGUGGCGGGAAAGCGGCGAGGGCGGCCGUGUCUGCUGCCGGACGCUGAGGGCGGGAGGAGCCCGGGGGACCUGGGCCGGCCGCUCGCGAGGCCAUGGACGCGGCCGAGGUGGAGUUUCUGGCCGAGAAGGAGCUGGUGACCAUCAUCCCGAACUUCAGCCUGGACAAGAUCUACCUCAUCGGGGGGGACCUGGGGCCGUUCCACCCCGGCCUGCCCGUGGACGUGCCGCUGUGGCUGGCGCUGAACCUGAAGCAGAGACAGAAGUGCCGCCUGCUGGCCCCCGCCUGGAUGGACGCGG